CGAGAGCUCCUCAUUUGCGAAUGGACCAAACUGCGCAUGUCAAACUGGGAUGUUUGGUUUCGUCGCAUGUUUGAUGACGUCUUCUCUCGACUCGAGAAUUUGCAGAUGCCAACAAGGCCUUAAAGUGAACUUUUUUGAAUCCGAUGUCCGUCCUUGAAUUGAUUAAGCCAGUUUGACGCGAAGCCGCUUCGGGCGGAAUUAAGACCGUAUGAGGCUUAGGUGUGGAAUACUCCAAACCUACAGCCAGAGACAGCAGCAAGCCUAAGCAGCUAGCUUGCUGCUAGCUCAGAGAGGCAGAGAAAGAGGAAAAGAGUUGAAACAGCGGGCGCAAUAGACAGACAAAAGACAGAAGUCAUGACGUCUCGAAGGUGGUUCCAUCCCAACAUCACUGGUGUGGAAGCUGAGAACCUGCUACUGACUCGAGGAGUGGAUGGCAGCUUCCUGGCACGUCCCAGUAAGAGUAACCCUGGGGACUUCACUCUGUCCGUCAGACGGAAUGGAGCAGUCACUCACAUCAAGAUCCAGAACACUGGGGACUACUAUGAUCUCUACGGUGGCGAGAAGUUUGCCACUCUGGCAGAGCUUGUUCAGUAUUACAUGGAGCACCACGGGCAGCUGAAGGAGAAGAACGGUGAUGUCAUCGAGCUGAAGUAUCCACUUAACUGUGCAGACCCAACAUCUGAGAGGUGGUUCCAUGGCCACCUCUCAGGUCGUGAGGCAGAGAAGCUGCUGACAGAGAAAGGCAAGAAUGGCAGCUUCCUGGUCCGUGAGAGUCAAAGCCACCCGGGGGACUUUGUGCUGUCCGUGCGCACUGGUGAUGACAAGACGGAUGGCAGUGACGGCAAGCCCAAGGUCACCCAUGUCAUGAUCCGGUGCCAGCAUGACAUGAAGUAUGAUGUCGGAGGUGGAGAGAAGUUUGAUUCCCUCACAGACCUGGUGGAACAUUACAAGAAGAACCCAAUGGUGGAAACACUGGGCACUGUUCUGCAGCUCAAACAGCCCCUGAACACAACGCGUAUCAAUGCUGCUGAGAUUGAGAGUCGGGUACGAGAGCUGAGUAAGCUGGCAGAGACCACUGACAAGGUCAAACAGGGCUUCUGGGAGGAGUUUGAGACCCUGCAGCAGCAGGAGUGCAAGCUGCUGUAUAGCCGUAAGGAGGGCCAGCGCCCGGAGAACAAGAACAAGAAUCGGUACAAGAACAUCUUGCCUUUUGAUCAUACACGUGUGGUACUCAGUGAUGGCGAUUCAAAUGAACCUGGGUCCGAUUACAUCAAUGCAAACAUCAUCGUGGCGGCUGUGGAUUCAAAGUGUAACAAUAGCAGGGUGAAGAAGGGAUACAUUGCCACGCAAGGGUGCCUGCAGAACACUGUGAGCGACUUCUGGAGAAUGGUUUAUCAGGAGAACUCUCACGUCAUCGUCAUGACCACCAAGGAGGUGGAGAGAGGCAAGAGUAAAUGUGUGAAGUAUUGGCCAGAUGUGUCGGCACUUAAGGAGUAUGGAGCCAUGCGUGUCCGAAACGUGAAGGAAGUGUUGGCACACGACUACAUCCUGCGUGAGCUGAAGCUGUCCAAGGUUGGGCAGGGCAACACAGAGCGUACUGUGUGGCAGUACCACUUCCGUGCCUGGCCGGACCAUGGCGUGCCCACUGACCCUGGAGGUGUGUUGGACUUCCUGGAGGAAGUGAACUUGAGGCAAGAAAGCAUACUGGAGGCAGGGCCCAUAAUUGUGCAUUGCAGUGCCGGUAUUGGGCGAACUGGGACGUUUAUAGUGAUUGACAUCCUUAUCGAUGUGAUUAGAGAAAAAGGGGUGGACUCUGACAUUGAUGUGCCAAAGACCAUCCAGAUGGUGCGGUCACAGCGCUCUGGGAUGGUGCAGACAGAGGCACAGUACCGCUUCAUCUAUAUGGCCGUGCAGCACUACAUUGAGACGCUGCAGCGUCGCAUUGAAGAGGAGCAGAAAAGCAAAAUUAAAGGCAGAGAGUAUACCAACAUCAAAUACUCUCUCUCUGAUCUGACUGGCGGAGACCAGAGUCCCUUACCUCCAUGUACCCCAACCCCCCUCUGUGCUGACUUGUGUGAGGACAGCUCGCGUGUGUACGAAAACGUUGGGCUGAUGCAGCCUCCCAAGGGCCACAGAUGAGAUUGAUUGAUUGCUUGUGGGCCAGUUAGACGUAAAACCUGCAGAAGUCUAUUUUUAGCCUGAGACAUUAUGGAAAGAAAUGGACAUCAAGUUGUGGAAACUCCUGGACUGUUGAAGUUUGUCCAUCUUUGUCAUCUAAACUUAAUCCUUUGUCAAAAACCACUGUGACCAUUAUGAAGCUUUAUCUCUUGAGUUGGAAUAGAUUCUGUUCCCUAUUUUUUAGGAUAUUUCCUGAAAUGCCUUGGCUCAUAAAAAAGAGGUCUCUAUCAUUAGACCUUGUCUGCUGCUUGCAGACUGAAUGAAGCACUUUUUGUCAGCUUCUGAUCUUUACGUUUUGUCAACGCUUCUGCAUUUUUUUUUUUUUUUUUUGAAAUCCAGUGAUGGAUGACACAUUACAAGUUUGCAGCCAAGCAGCAAGGAUCAGAUGGAAUUGGACUGUGCCAAAGAUACUAUUAGCCAAACUCGCUCCACCUGCCUACACUUUCUGCCUUGGCUCUUUUAUGAAUAGUGUUUAAAAAAAAAAACAAAGGGAUUCUAUUAAGCAUUAAGGGAUGCUUGUCCUCAUUUUUAUACCCCUACGCAAAUGCAGUAAGAAUGUAUUUUUCCUAGAUUUGCAUUCAUAUUGAAGCACAGCAUCCUAUAUAACCUGCCUUUAUAAAAAAAUACAUGUUGCAUUUGUCCUAGAUGUUUUCUUUUAAAAGGCUUUUCUUACUGCUUUUCAGCACUAGUGAAAGAUUUCAGACAGGUUUCAUAGCUGUUAAAGUGGAUCUGUGUUCUAGUCCUAAAGGCCUGCAGGUCGUACCCUGCAGCAAGGUACAUAACUUAGAUUGCUGCAGUAAAGACAUCCAAUUGUAUUAAUAGAUGAAGUAUGAAACUCUAUUCUAGGUUGCUGAGAUUAAAAUCAUCUGCUAAACCACAUGCCUGUAAGAGCCCAUUUCCAGCAGCUUUUGGCUAGCAGCCAUUUCAGAGGUCAUCGUCUUCAAAGAAUUGCAAGCUGGAAACUACAUUGGAGGAUACAACUGGCUUGGUUGUUCCGUAUGUUUUAACGAUGUGACCUGUUUGACUUGGAGGCUUUAGUUUAACCUCAGAAGUAAGGUAAUAUUUUUAAGUGAUAUAAUGAUGGUUAAAAAUGUUGUUGCAGGUGAAUACCAAGGCCACACCUGCAGUGGAUAUUCCUUAAUGAAUUACUUGAAUGACAGUCUUGAUAACAGGCACAGCACCAUUUUUCUGUUCUGGGAAUCAGUUUGGUUUCUCCACCUAGCUAGUAUGCCUUGUCAGAAUCAGUGGAAAGCUGUGUUUCACUUACAGACAGUAUGUUUUACAUAUAAAAUUAAAACUACUACAGUAUUUUAAGUAAUAACCAUAUAUUUAAUUUAACGGUUGAGUUGUCUCCUAUUUGCUUUAUUGAGUUAAAGUACCUGUCCACUGUGUUUCAGGUGGAAUGCAAGCAUUUGAACCUUUUGUCAUUUGCUUUGUUAAUUGGCUGUAUUUGGUUAUAAGACUGUCCAGAUGUGUACACAAUCUGGAAGAGAUGCUGUGUUGCACAGUUGUGAUUUAUAGAAGGUAAAGAAACUGAAGCAGUCUGUCAAUGAGCCAAGCUGUUUUUGUGUGUGUGUGUGUGUGUGUGUGUGUGUGUGUGUGUGUGUGUGCGCGCGCGUGCGCGCGCGCAUUUGUUUUAAAAUGUGGGUCUUCAUCUUCAUUGACUUCCUUAAUCGUGAUCCUGGGUUUCAGAUCUUCAACUUUAUUAUUUCCUAAAUGUUUAGCCAAGUCAUAAAUUUAUUUUUAUGGUAUAAGUGUAUGUCCCCUCCUCUUGCAUAUUUCUCUGAUCAGUGCAUUGUUUUUUGGAAUUGUAACCAUUGUUAUAAAAACAGAGCUCACUGAAUUUUCUUACUCUGGGUAACAUAAAUCGUGAAACUGGCUCAUUUGCAAUAACCAGAAUGUAUUUUAUAACAAUGCACAUCAAUUACCAUAGGAUAAACGUCAUUGUCAGUCAGGUAUGCCAUGUGUUAAAUUCUUCAGUUCAUUUUUGGACUGGAACUUAGAUGCUUUUUUGUUGGAUAUUAUGCCAUUUUUGCCUAAAUAAACGAUAACUUUUUUUAUCAACAAUAAAUCUGAAAA